CACAAAAUAAAAAAUUGAUGGAACUGAAGAUGAAGAAGAAUAAUCAAUGCGGUCCAAGGCUUUAAAUAGCACUGCCAUUCCCGCGGCAACAACAACAACAACAGGAACAUAUAGCUGGAAACACAAACCUCUAUAAAACCCUGAACAAAACACAUACACCACUCCUCCACAUUGUACACACUUGCUCUUCGUGGUCCUUGACACUCUCAAAACAAACUCUGAUCAAUCAUUCUUUUUGUGAGCACUGGUCAAUUGAGUUGAUCAGGUCACUCUCUCAGUCAGCCAAAACGGGUCUCCCUCUGUGGUUGCUUGGCCUCGGUGCGGACCUCUUGUGGGCCGACAUGAACCGCCUCCUAGCCUUUCUCUUUCACCAGGGAGUCUUGGAUGAACAAUUCUUGCAGCUUCAGCAGCUGCAAGAUGAAAGCUCCCCAAACUUCGUCUCAGAAGUUGUCAACAUUUAUUUCCACGAGUCCGAGAAGCUUCUUAGGAAUCUCAGAGCACUCCUGAUGGAGAGGGAGUUCUCAGACUAUAAGAAAAUGGGGAUCCAUUUGAAUCAAUUCAUGGGUAGCAGCUCCAGCAUUGGUGCCAAGAGAGUCACAAAUGUUUGUGUUGCCUUUCGUGCCGCUAGUGAACAGAACAACCGUACAGGAUGCUUGCGAGCGUUGGAGAUGCUGGAGCAUGAAUAUUGCUAUCUCAAGAACAAAUUGCAUGAACUAUUCCAAAUUGAGCAGCAACGUGCUUUGGCAGCAGGAGUGAGGUACCCCGUAGUGCAAAAUCAAUAAAGCAAAGUGAAAUGUUUGAUUGAAUUUUUUUCACUAUUUUCCUUUUGAAGCCUUUCUGGUUCUGGUUUCGUGAGCCUAAUGGCAUGCUUUCUGGUUUUAGACAAACCAAGCGGUAGCCAACUUUUGUACUGGCUUGUGUAGGAAAUAGGAAAAAGGGGGGGUCACUGUCUCUGGUGUUUUGUAUUCUCUUUAUAUACGUAGUGGCACCAUGUUCUUUCUUGCAGUCUGCUUUAAUUGCUGUAAGCCUGUUCACUUUUUCUAACCAAAGUGGAUCAAAUCUAUUGAAAGUUGCUAGUGCUUUGAUUCAUAGUACCAUUCUUAGAAAUUACUUUUGGUUUGUAUUUUAGCUAGAGAAUUGGAAUGAAGAGAGUAAAGAAGAAGGAAAAGGAUGCAACUAAACUAGGAAAUCAGCAAGUGUGAAAAAAUUGUCUUGAUCAUAUAAAUAUUUAGGGUGUUUUGGAUUCAAGUUGAAAGCAUAUGUAAGCCAACGAAACUAGUAAAGGGUCACUCUCACCAUUUUCUCAUAUAAAAUUUGUGAUUUUGUGUUAAACUUAUUACAUAUGUAUAUGAACAGCAAAGCAAACAGGGACUUAAUUUCUGCUUUACCUGCGUGCGGUACAUAAUAAUUAGUACAACAGAAAACAGAGAAAUUCUCCAUUCCAAGGCAAGUUUGCUACUUUUCUGUUUUCAACCAAGAGAGAUUGUAAAACAAACAAGCUUCAAAUAAAGGGGCUGUGUAAUUUAACCCUCAUCCUAAUAUAGCUCAGUU